AUGGUGAAGAAGAGCAAGAAGACUGCGGAAGGCAUGAACUCCAAGCUUGCUUUGGUCAUGAAAAGUGGCAGAGCUGCUCUUGGCUACAAAAGUGCACUUAAAUCUCUGAGACAAGGCAAGUCAAAACUUGUGCUAAUCUGCAACAACUGUCCACCUUUGAGAAAGAGUGAAAUCGAAUAUGCAUUUUUCCUUCAAUAGUCUGAUAAUAAUAAAUUUUUAUGAUUUAUUGUUAAUAAGCUAUGGUCAAUUGAUGGAGAAAGUUGAUAUUACUCGAUGCUUGGAAAAGUUGAAGUUUAUCAUUAUACAGGAAACAAUAACGAACUUGGAAGAGCUUGUGGAAAAAUGCACGCAGUUUCAACUUUAUCAGUCAUAGAGGCUGGAGAUUCAGAUAUUCUUGGAGCUACUGCUUAA